GAUCAGCACUUGUUCUUUGCCUGUUUCGUGAUUUUUUUAUCAGCAUUUGUUGUUUGCCUGUGAUGUUUUGUAUUGCUUGGGAUAUAAGAUAUGAACUGCACUCAAUUUUUUCGGUGGGGCUUUUUGGCCUGAUUUUGCCAAUUAUGCCCCUCCAAUCAGCGGGCUUGUCUUUUGGUUAAUGGGUAUUUAGGUCUUUUUAGUCUGCAGUGGUGAUGCCAUCGUCGUAUUGAGGUGUCCUGAUUUUUGUGGUUGUGAUGACACCACGCCAUCUCUUUCUCUCUCUUCCUCUCUCAUCUGCGUGGGCAGCACUCUCUCCCUGUGUCUCUCUCUCUGUCAAUACACCAUCAGUAUAUGCCGUCUUCAGAGAAUUGAGAGCCAAGUCCUCGUCUGAGAUCAACGGCGUCUGCUCUCCCUGAAAGGUUGCCCUCUCUUUUCUGCUGGUUGUUUUCCAAUCUUCAUUUUCCACUGUGGUUUGCAUCAUGUUGGGUUCGAAUGGUGUGUUCCUUUGGGGUUUGUUACUUGCCGAUUGGUGGUUUUUAUUUUUUUGGUUUUCAUGAAGUGAUAUUCUUUAAUGUGUCACUUUUUUUUUGUCUGCUUCAUUUUUCGGUGUGGCUUGCAUGUUGUUGGGUUCGAGCGGUGUUCUACGGAGGUGCUCGUUUAGGGUUUCGUACCUGUCGAUUGGGGCUUCCUACCCUAUUUGGUGUUCAUCGAUCGAGGUUUCAGAGCAGCAUAGAUGCAGGUGGUGUAAAACUAAGAGCAAUGGCUAGAUCUCUUGUUUGUGUUAUUGUUGAUGAGGGCAUUUGCUUGUAGUAAUGAAGCUUGCCAAAGUUAAGGCAGCUGUCAAUAGAGGCUCAGUGGACGUGUUGAAGACAGUCAGUAACAUGUUAGGCUGUUAGCUAUGUUUUAGUUAUGAUUUUGAAAGGUCGGGAAGAGUAGCCAAACAAUAUUUAAGAAGCUUGGGUCGGCCUAGAAAGACUCAAUUUGAUCUUGCAUAUGUAUAAUUGAUGUUAUGGUGCCCGGAGAAAACUAGAGUUAAAUACUUACUAAUCAACUGAGGUCCUAAAGGCUCAGAUGUCUUAUUCUCAUUAGUUUCAAGGUUUUAUGAUGGUACUAUUCGGUGAAUCAAUUUUAGUCUUAUCAGGAAGUCAGCUAUCUGUGAUAUGCAGCUAUGAGUUAUUGUGCUUAAAUAAAAACAGGCUAAUUUUCUUUGGGUGUUCUGAAUCUUAUUUGCUGUAAGUAGUCUUGGCAGGAAAAAGCUCCAUAGGAAGUCAAAUCUGUAAAAAAGAAGGCCGAGUAUGAAAAGCUUACGAAUGCUUAUAACAAGAAACAGGUAAUUUAAAAUAGAGAAAAGGAUCUGAGGCGCAGUUUCCGGUUUGUGCCAAUCAAUACUGUUGAACAAUCCGCAAAGGCUGUUGAGAUGUUCAACUGAUAGUUCGAUGAUUUCAAGCCUAUGAUUGGUAAUGCAGCUAAUGCUCUUCUGCAUGAUUUUGAGGCGUGCAAUGGCAUUGAGGAAGUCGCUAUGCUCUUAAAAGACAAACAAAUACCAGAGAAUUGGAGGAUCAUGCAUACAAGGGAUAGUAUGGCCAUGGCAUCUCUCUCUUGAAGAUUCAUCAAAUGAUUGGCAAUGAAAGCUAGCUUACCUGGCAAGUGGGGAGGGAAGUAGCUAGGGAGAGAUGGAUUGGUGGCUCUGUUUGGCAGUUGUGGUGGUAGCAGUGGUUGGAGGAGAAAGGAGUGUUGGCGGGGAGAAUGUCACCUAUGAUGGAAGAUCUCUCAUCAUUGAUGGGAAACACAAACUUCUCUUUUCUGGUUCUAUUCACUAUCCUCGCAGCACUCCCAAGAUGUGGCCAUCUCUGAUUGCUAAAGCCAAGGAAGGAGGGCUAGAAGUUAUACAGACCUAUGUGUUUUGGAAUCUCCAUGAGCCCCAACCCGGUCAGUAUGAUUUUAGUGGCAGAUACGAUCUGGUGAAGUUCAUCAAGGAAAUCCAAGCACAAGGGUUGUAUGCUUGCCUCAGAAUUGGACCCUUCAUUGAGAGUGAAUGGACUUAUGGGGGCUUACCAUUUUGGCUGCAUGAUGUAUUGGGCAUCGUCUACCGAUCAGAUAAUGAGCUGUUCAAGUAUUACAUGCAAAACUUCACCACCAAUAUAGUGAACAUGAUGAAGUCAGAAGGUUUAUAUGCUUCACAAGGCGGUCCAAUAAUACUAUCACAGAUUGAAAAUGAAUAUCAAAACAUUGAAGCAGCUUUUAAUGAAAAAGGACCUCCAUAUGUGCGAUGGGCAGCAGCAAUGGCAGUGGGACUCCAAACAGGAGUACCAUGGAUCAUGUGCAAGCAAAGAGAUGCUCCUGAUCCUGUGAUCAAUACAUGCAAUGGGAUGAGAUGUGGAGAAACUUUUGAAGGGCCCAACUCUCCUAAUAAGCCAUCAAUGUGGACUGAGAACUGGACAUCAUUCUAUCAAGUAUUUGGUGGAGAACCAUACAUUCGGUCUGCUCAAGAAAUUGCAUUCCAUGUUGCACUCUUCAUUGCAAAAAAUGGAAGCUAUGUGAACUAUUACAUGUAUCAUGGUGGAACUAACUUCGGAAGAACCGGUGCUGCCUAUGUCACAACAAGUUAUUAUGAUCAAGCUCCUCUUGAUGAAUAUGGCCUAAUUAGACAACCUAAAUGGGGACACUUAAAGCAGUUGCACAAGGCAAUGAAACUAUGCUCUAUCACUUUGCUUCAAGGAGUGCAAACUAAUUUCUCUAUCGGUCAACUUCAAGAGGCAUACAUGUUUCGAGAAGACUCAGGAGGGUGUGUAGCCUUUCUGGUAAACAACAAUGGAAAAGAUACUGCAACUGUCCAAUUUCAUAAUGCAUCAUUUGAAUUGCUUCCAAAGUCAAUAAGCAUCCUACCAGAUUGUCAAAAUGUUACUUUUAACACCGCAGCAGUGGAAACUGGGUAUAAUGAGAGGAGGACAACAUUCGGCCAUAUGUUUGAUUCUGUGGAUGGAUGGCAAGAAUUCAAAGAUGUCAUACCAAACUUUUCAGAUACCUCAAUAAAAUCAAACUCAUUGCUUGAGCACAUGAAUAUGACCAAAGCUGAAUCUGAUUAUCUUUGGUACACCUCCAGGUUUCAACAUAAUCCAAAUUGCACCAACCCAAUGCUACAUGUCGAGUCUCUCGGGCAUCUUGUGCAUGCUUUUGCUGGUGAGACGUACUUUGGAGCUGCACAUGGAAGCCAUGACGUCAAAGGAUUCAUUUUUGAGAGCCCAAUACUAUUAAAUGAUGAUGUCACCAAUAUAUCAUUACUCAGUGUAAUGGUUGGAUUGCCGGUAAUUAUCUUGGACUCUGGAGCUUAUCUUGAGAGUAGAAUUGCAGGAUUAACAAAUGUGACAAUUCAGUGCUCUGAGCAUACGUACAGCCUUAAAGAUCAUGAAUGGGGAUAUCAAGUUGGUCUUUCGGGAGAGAAGUUGCAUGCAUACGAUGUACAAAAUGCGAGUGAUGUCAACUGGAGUAAAACCCGAAUCUCCACUAAUCAGCCACUCACUUGGUACAAGGCCAUAUUUGAGGAACCCAGAGGAGAUGACCCAGUAGCUUUGAACCUCAGCACCAUGGGCAAAGGUGAAGCUUGGGUUAACGGGCAAAGCAUUGGUCGAUAUUGGAUCUCAUUUCAUACCUCUAAGGGAACUCCUUCUCAAGCAUUGUACCAUGUGCCUCGAUCCUUUCUGAUACCUUCUGCAAACCUCUUGGUUUUGUUUGAAGAAGUUGGAGGGGACCCUCUUCACAUUUCCUUGGACGCCAUUUCAAUCAGUAGCAUACAAAAUCACUAUGGGCACCUCUCUCAAUGAAAGGUGAAGGAGCUAUUGACGUGUUUGUAGAUUCAUGCUUAUGCACAACAUGCUACAUUGGGAAACCUUUUCUUGAAUCUUGAUUGUCUUUAUCAACGUAGGUAACCUUUUCUUAACCAUGUUUGACUUGUCUUUACAAGCUCAUUAGUGAUGGUGAUGCGGUCGAGAUUUCAAUAUGUAUAUACAAUCUGUUAUUUUUUUACUUUGCUUCUCAAUAGUUGCUUGGUCAACAAGACAAUAUGAAGUUUAUAAUUUC